AUGUCUCGCUACACCGCUGUCCAUGCCAACACCAAAGGCCCAGGCGAUGCUCGCCCUACAGCCCUCCAAAUCAUCCAAGAUGAAGGCCUUGAAGGCAAGCUUCAGGGACAAGUCUUUGUUAUCACUGGCACCUCCUCUGGAAUCGGCAUCGAAACUGUCCGGGCCAUCGCCGCUACUGGCGCUACUCUUUACCUCACAGCCCGAGACCUCGACAAGGCCAGGUCCGCCCUCGAUGGAAUUUUCGACCCCUCCCGUAUGGAGCUGUUCGAGAUGGAUCAGGGAUCACUUGCAUCUGUCCGCGCUGCUGCCGCCGCUAUUCUGAACAAGACCUCCAAGAUCCACUGCCUCAUCAAUAAUGCUGGUAUUAUGGCUAUUCCUGACCUUCGUUUUACUGCCGAUGGCCAUGAGCUCCAGUUUGGCACCAAUCACCUCUCCCACUUCCUUUUCUUCAUGCUUCUCAAGCCUGCCCUCCUUGCUGCUGCCUCGCCCGAACUCCCGUCUCGCGUUGUCAAUCUCUCGUCCUCUAGCCAUAACCUGCAUGGCAUCAACGACGCCGAUAACUACUCCUUUCAGCGCGGCGACUACGACCCCAACGCAGCUUACGGCCAAUCCAAGACAGCAAACAUCUAUAUGGCCAACGAGAUUGAACGCCGUUAUGGUGCAAAGCACCUGCACGCAACUAGUGUCCACCCAGGGGUUGUCGCCACAGGACUCACUAGGCACAUGCCCCCCGAUGCCUUCAAAGGUAUGGACCACAUCUAUCCAUUGAUGAAGAGCGUCGAGCAAGGAGCGGCAACGACGGCAUGGGCGGCCGUUGGUGAAGCCUGGAAGCAUGAUGGUGGCAAGUACCUUGUCGACUGCGAUGUGGCCAAGCCAAGUGUUGGUGGGGAGGACAAGAUGAUCACGCCUACGUAUGCUCCUUACGCAUAUGAUGUCGAGAAGGCCACAAGGCUGUGGAAUGACUCGCUCAAACUGGUGGGGUUGGAGGAUGAUGAGUAG